CGCGCACGCGCAGAGUCGAUCAUAUGACGGUAGAAACUUAUGAUGUUAAUAUGAAAAAUAUUGGUACAGAAGCAAUUAAUUGGAUGUAUUAAGGAAGAAUAAGAUUUUCAACUAAUAUGGAAAAACCUCAUCACUGGUUAAACCUACCUCAGGAUAUAUUGUUGGAAGUAUUUAGAUAUCUAACACCAGAAGGAAAAGCUAACGUCCGUGCAACCUGCAAGUACUUACAACAGUUAAUUGAUCACCCUACUUUAUGGAUGAAUGGUACAAUUGUCCUGAAAAGUUUACAAUGCUGUAACUCGUUCUUUUGGAGAACACUAAGAAAAAGGCGAAUAAGAUCUGUGGUGAUUAAGGAAGCAACGCAGAAGCAACGACAGAGGAUGGUGAAUUUACUACCUGACCUGACAGCUGUUACUAUUGAUAUGAAAAAAAAUUUGGAGAGUCUAAGCACUUUGAAAUCACUUGCAAACUUACAGAAGUUACAACUGAGUAAUAAUAUACAAGUGCUAGAUCAAAAACUGCUAAGAGAAAUUGCUUUCUUCAAACAACUGACUCAUUUGGUUUUGUGCACUUCAGUAUUUAUCCAGGACAGUUCAUUGCACCACCUUGCAGUAUUAACAAAAUUACAAGCAUUGACACUUCACGCCAGACAGAAAAGCCCUUCUUUGAUAUCACUUCGCUAUGUUUUGUUUCGAUUGCCAAAACUGAGGGAACUGUCACUAAGUUCUGUGGAAAAUUGGGAGAAUUUAUCAUUAUGUUUUACCUCCCCAGAAAUGACAACUCCUAAACUGACAGAAUGUGGCAGUUUUGAGUCACAGUACAUCUCUCACCUUCAAUUAGAGAAGUUGAGCCUUUUGAAUAGCAUCAAUGGUCCACUGUCUGAGACAGCACUGGAGCAGUUGUCGAAUGUCUGUAGUUUUUCUGUGAGCCUCAGCAAGCCACCUAUGUUAAUGAACAGCAAUUUUGUGCACAGUAUGUUGGAGAACUUGCCAAACAUCACUGAACUGGAACUUAACUGGACUGGACCUCUUGCUGAGUAUGUAAAGAUUUUGCCAUCAGAUCUUGCAAGCUUGGAUUUAAUAAAUACAAGACUCUCCAGUGUGGAUGUGCAGCUUCUAUCAGAUUCAUCUGGGAAAACUCUUAAACAUCUCGGCUUGCUGAUGUGCAGUGGUAUGACUGAAAUAAUGCUAAAGCGGUUGCCACAACAGUUUCCUUUUCUGCAGAGCCUUGACCUUAGUGGGUGUAGAUUGUUGAAACCAGACAUUUUGAUUGGCUUUGCAGAGUUGGCAUUUCUAAAGGAAAUCGUAAUUUCAAACAAUCCACAUUUAACUGAUGUAAUACUGAAGCAGUUUCGAACUUUAACUGACAACAGAGUGCAUGUCACACAGAAGAACAAGAGAAAUCGCGAUAGAUGCAACUGCUAUUUUGUUUUUGGUCUGUGAGUGGACAAAGCAAAAUGUUUCAUGUGUGAUUAAGAUAUAAGGUUGACUGAGAACUGAAGAAAUGUGCUCAUGACUGGAUGGACUGAAUUCACAACUAUCAUGUUAAACGUCUGGCAGGCGGAAAUCAAUGAAGUCAAAUGACAAGCUUAUUAAUAUGUGCAUACCAAGCAUUUUAAUUUAAAAUUGUCAAUUAUCAU